CACAUUUUCUUUGAAGUUCGAGAGAGUUGACCUUUUUUUUUCUUCUUCUUCUUCUUUCUUCUUCUUCUUAUCUUCCUCCCUUACAUCCUUACUCUAAGUCAUUCACCCUUUCUUUUCAUUUGUUCUAUUUCUUUAUCUGUAACACACAACCCCUACUUAAGCAUCCUUAUAUUCGACUACAAAAUUUACUACAGUGUUUCUGUUAACUACUUCUAUAAUCAAUUUUCUGUCUCGCGUGAGCUACUAUCCUAAACAGCAACAUCCAUUGACUGAACAAUAGUCUUCAACCUCAUUUAGACAACACUAGCUACGUAGCGUACAUACAAACAACCAGUCCACUGUCAUUCACUUGACUUUUGCAGCAGUUCAAAGUCUUAAAUUCUGCUGAGAAAUAAGAAGACAAUGCACCCAAUCAUUUGUCUGAAGGUUGCGGAAAAGUUAAUUGUUGUAGAAGACUCAAUUGAUAAAACAAGGAAGAUUGUUCCGGAGUACAGCAUUUAUGUAAAGUCCACACUGAGCAAUGUCAAAGUGAUUAGAUACGUCCCAGAUUUUCAUAGUUUUGACGAUUUAGUAAAAGUUCAUUAUCCGAAAAUCAAACUUCCAACUCUUAAUUUAAGAGAGAGUAUCACAAAAGCCGACAAAAGACGUAGCCUAAGAGACUUUUUCCACAGAUCCGUCAAAUCAAAUAUAGAAAAAGUCGAAAAGUAUCUUUAUCGUUGUUCAGCAGAUCCUGUUUUAAGAACCUCCACUCUCUGGCGCGAUUUUCUCUCUCCCCAACGAGACGGUGACUUUAGUCAGCAAUGUCAAUCAUCGGCAGCUCAACAGCAGCAACAGCAACCGCUUGCCCCUUCAUCACGUGUGAAUAGUCUGCCCUCACCAGCACCAUCAUCUGACACUUCUGCCAUAGGAAAAAAAAUUGUCUCAUUGUUACCUCAAAAAGAAGGAGCAGAUGACCCAAUCGAACCUGAUACAGAUGUAAGCAACCAUUCAAAAGCCGGGGAACUGUGGACGCCCAGUCCGCAGUUAUCGAUCAUUAGUCUCCCACAGGCCUCUGAUGAUGAUGCUUGUAACGUGGACUUAGUCGUGAAUUCACGUUUAAUCUUUAUUGAAGACUGCAAUGAAGAAGAAGAUGACGACCUGUUAGAAAUAAUGGUUCGAAAGCAAGAAUCUCAGGACGAUUCUAUGCAGGAUAACAGGUCACCCCUAGACCAUUUAGAUAUGAUCAAAGUCCUGGGGAAGGGCUGCAUGGGAAAGGUUUUAUUGGUCAGAUCCCGUAUCACUCAACAGCUCUACGCACUGAAGUCUAUCGUUAAAGCACAUGUGGUUGAGCAAAAAGAAAUUGCGCAUACUUUAGAUGAGAGAAAUAUACUUGUGAAGCUAACAGAAAUCGAACAUCCUUACCUUGCAAAACUGCACGCAUCUUUCCAAGACGAACAUCGGCUGUAUCUUCUAAGCAAUUAUUACUGCGGCGGAGACCUAGCCACGCAUAUGGCCAAGUUAUACAAUUUUCCUCCAGAAUGUGCGCUAUUUUAUGCAGCAGAGAUGAUUGAUGGUAUUGGCGAGUUGCAUAAAUGGGGCAUUCUCUACCGUGAUCUGAAACCAGAAAAUAUUCUGUUAACAGGUGAUGGGCAUGUUAUUCUGACUGAUUUUGGCCUGAGUAAAUGGCUGGACAAAAAUGACAACUACACCACGCAAACGUUCUGUGGGACCGCUGAGUACUUGGCUCCUGAGGUGCUGCUAGGCGAGCAUUACUCAUUUGGCAUUGAUCAUUGGAGUUUCGGAACUAUACUGUACGAGAUGCUUGCGGGCGUUACUCCUUUCUGGGCCGAAAACCAUUCAGAUAUGUAUAAGCGCGUAUUAGAUGACCCUUUGGAAUUCCCGGCGGAUAUCUUUGACUAUGAAACUGCAGACUUUUUGACUGGCCUCCUUGACCGUGACCCAUCCAGUCGUUUAGGUGCGAAUGGCGUCGAGGAGAUUAAAAGUCAUAUAUAUUUUUCAGGUAUAUCAUGGAAUGAUGUAAGACUUCGCCGGCUGCAACCGCCUUUCGUUCCACCUGUUAAAUACGAGUUAGAUUUUACAAAUUUCGACUCUGAUUUCUUAGCAAUGACACCUGCAUUGACACCUGCUACCUCUCAGUUUGAUUUUAUUGAAGAGGUACAAAGUGUGUUUGAUGGUUAUUCAUUCGCAGAUAGCAGAUAUCGCAAUAAUGAGCAGCUCGAACAACCAUACGACCGUUAUAAACGACAGUUGCACCACGAAGAUGGUUUCUAUAAUGAUAAUGACAUUGUUGAACAAGAAAUUAUAGAAACAAACGGCGAAGAAGACACGCGCUUAGCAAACCCUUUGCCUAUUUUCCAAACAGCACGAAAGCGAGGAAGUAUUAGUAUGCUUUCAGAUGACAAAAGCUUCCGGAUAAAUCAUUGUUCAUUGCAAUAUGACACCAUGGGGAGAUCUUCUUAUUCAAUCAUCAGCAACUUUAAAGAUGAAGAAAAUGCUCGUUAUGCAAAGCGCAGAAACACAAAAGUAUCCUUAGAAAGCAACAAACAGAACGAAAUUGAAGAUUUAUCAGAGUAUCCUACCACGCUGGUCGUAAGGAGCUACGAGAUGAACAAUGGCACAACUGCAACUAAUAGUACAUCCGAAACUCAAUAUAACAAUAAUAACAAAAGCACCAUUACAUUUCUGUCGGUUGAAAUCGCCGAGUUUUCACAUAUGCCUGAUUUGAAACUUGCUUUUGACGUUCAGCAACAACAACAACAACAACAACAACAAGAUUUAAUGAUACAUCAUUCAAAUGACAAACAAGCGUCGUCCUCUAACUCCUCUAAGAUCUCGAUAAGUAGUAAAGCUCGUCGUUUUUUUUCACUCAUUUUAUAAUUAAUUACCCAGCAUCAAUACAAACGACUGAGCCUUACCGUACCACCAAAAACCUCUGUCCAUUCCUUUCUACUAUUAUUACUCUGAUAUAAUUUACUCUAUGCUAAACAUUAAUUCCAUAUCGUAACGGUUAAUAACAUCCAACGUCUAAGAACAUUUUUUUUAUAAUCAUAACCAAUC